GAUACUCUCCUGGUGUCGGCCGCGGAGAGAGUGGAAAUUGCUGACUGCUAAAAUACUCAACAGCGAGGCAGAAAGGCAUCAGUUCCGCACAAACUCCGGAGGAUUUAACACCUCAGGAAGAAAAUCGCUGUAGAACAAGUCAAGCCAUGCGGCUCUUCUUAUCCCUGUCAGCAAUUCUUUGCGCCGCCUCGGCGCAGCAAUUCGGUGGCUUCUACGGCCAGCCUGCCGGUCCGGCAGUGCGUCCUUUGACCCAAACGUCGGGUUUCGGGCCGGCUCCCUCGGGAAGAGCCGCAUCGCCCAUCCAGCAGAUGGCCAGCUGGACCUACCUUAACUUCGAUGGCAUCGACCCGAAGCGGACGGUGCCCGAAAACGGCGUGUUCACCGGCAUUCAGGUCACCCCUGACCGCAUCUUCCUGACGCUGCCGCGUUCUCGCGAAGGCGUGCCCGCCACCCUGACGUGGAUGCCCAACACCGGGGUGCCCGUGGAAAACCAGCCGCUGCUGCCCUUCCCCGACUGGUCCUGGCAGCAGGGUCAUUUGGACAACUGCAGCGGUUUGGUGUCCGUGUUCCGCUCGCGCAUCGACAGUUGCGGCCGCCUCUGGGCGCUCGACUCAGGCGUGCUCACCCCCCUGGACGGCAGCCCCGUCGCCGCGUGCCCACCCCGCCUCGUGGCCUUCGACCUCAAGACCGGACUCGCCAUACGCAGCGUCACUUUCCCUCCGCAGGUGCUUCGUGAGCGCUCCCUGCUGACCACCCUCUCUCUGGACGAGGAAUACUCAUCGAUCAGCAACUGCGAAAACAUGUUUGUGUACAUCUCAGACACCUCAGCUCCGGGCCUGAUCAUUUACGACCUGGGCCGCGACCUGACGUGGCGUUUCGAGCACCAGUCGCUGAUGCCCGACCCUCAGCAGGCGACGUACACCAUCGCUGGCGAGUCUUUCAACCUUGAGGACGGCGUGGUCGGCAUGACCAUCUCCAACCUUGGCCACGAACGCAUGCUCUACUACCACCCUCUGGCCGGUCGCGCCCUCUACGCCGUGUCGACCAACGCCCUGAGAAACCCUGGCAUCCCCUCACUGCCCGUCAUCAAGGUUGGAGACAAGACCUCCCAGGGUGCUGGCCUUUUCGCCGACACCCAUGGCGAAAUCUAUUUCAGUCCUUUGUCCGAAACGGCCAUCGCCUCGUGGAACCCCAACACCGGCCUCCAGAGGAUCCUGGCCGUGGACCCUGAGCGUCUGCAGUUCAUCUCGGACAUCACCGUCGACCAGCAGGGCUCGCUGUGGUUCGUGUCGAACCGUUUCCAGGCCUACUUCAACCGCAACUACAACCCCAGAGGCACCAACCUGCGCGUCAUGCGCAUCCCCUACGCCGCCAACGGGGCCCAGUUCAACGGCUUCAACGCGGCGCCUCUCGACCCUUUCUCUUUUUAUAACAACAGGUUCAUCAGGGACACCAAGAACAGCACCGCUGUGUUGUAAACAUCGCGAAUCGGCUUCAUUAUCACACACCACGACUAACAACCUAAGUGCGGGCGCGAAGGAAGUUCGUGCUGCAGAACAUUUAAAAUCUGUCCUCCUUUUUACUAUUUAAAUAUCGCUCGCCACUUCCUUCGCUUCUCACACGAUAGAUCAUUGGCACACAUCACAUAAAAUUAACUCCGCAUGCCACCCAUAAUUGUAAAUAAUUUCGCACACUCAUCAACGCACGAUCAACUUCACAUUCACAUCAUCCAGCAUAGUGUGUCUUGAAAUGAUUAUCAUCAGCCAUAUUGUGAAAUCAAAUAAUCGCAAAAUACUCACGCACUUUACAUCAUGUUUGAAUGUUAAAACUCUGUACACCCUCAAUUCAAAGUUUAACCUCUGCUCAUAGCUGAAGUGUGAUCCGCAAUCCAACGUUAUUUGUGUACUAUGUCGAAUGGUGUGCGAAAACCCGCAACGAAACUUGUGUGAGAGUUAAUCAAUGUGGACUAUGUAUGGUAUCAUUUUAAAGAAUAGAUUGAGAGACUGAAGAGUAUACUGAUUUCUUUUUUAAUUUAUACUUCUUGUAAUAACAGGAAGAUAUUACAAGAUACAUUUUUUUCAAUAAAGUCGGCGUUGUUAAAAUUUUAAGAUAAAAAUAAAUAUGUAAAAGCACCAA